AUGUCACACCCACCCGAAUCAAACACGCCGGUAGCCCAUGAACCUGACAGAACCCAGCGACCAGAUACCCCCUCGUUGACCUCUCUACCGCCCGAAAUUCUGGCUUAUAUCCUCGAGCAACUAGAUAGGGAAUUCAUGCCAUCGACAUCCCUGGUCCACUCCAAACUCCGUGAACCCAGCCAAAGGCAUUUCUUCUCGCGGCUGACGCUGUCUCCUUCCGGUCCAGGGACAAAUACAGGUCAGACGAGGUACGCUCCGGGCAAAGCCUUGCUCGAGUUGUUCAACUCGAACCCAACCAUUGCGGGGUAUCCAACAGCAAUUGCCAUUGCUCAAUACAGGAAAGGAUGGCUUUCAGAGGACCCGAUGAUAGCAGAUGCCCUCAACUGCCUCUCGAUCAACAGAAUCAAGUCGUUCUCGUACGUCGUCCAGUCGUCCCCGGGCCGCCUCGAGUCAGUGGAUGACCUUACCGAACUUCCACCUGCCACCCAAGCAGCAAUCGUCAAGAUCUGCUCCUCGCCUUCGCUAGAGUCCCUCUCAUUGUGGAAUGCCCCGAUAUCCAUGGUGAGAGCGGCAGGGCGGUCGGUGCGAAAGCUCUUCUUGCCACAGAUCCGGUUUCCCGAGCCUAGCGAUCUCGGUCAUGACGUCGCAGCACCUCGAAGUUCCCCUGUCAACAUCGUCGAUCUUCGCGUCAAAGAAGGCAGGUCGAUCGACUGGCUUCUAGACAUAUCGAACGGAUUUGCCUUCAGUGACCUCAGGCAUCUAUCUUGUGAUGCAGGUGCAGCCAGCCAGAUAAUGCGGCUACUGCGGAUGUGCGAGCAUUCAUUGGAGACAAUAGCCAUUGCGUUCGGAUUGAUCUUAGCUCCCAGUCCCAGUGACCCAACCAUUGAUCUAUGCCGUCUCUCCAACUUGCGAACACUUGAAGUUCGCUUUGGCUCAACUGAUUUCACCAUUGGCGAAGCCAUCGACCCACUUGCACGAGUCAUCGAUAUCCUCCACACCCUCCCACCUUCCAGCAGCCUCGAGACACUCUGCAUCGUCAACUAUUUCUCCUACACGAAGUUGGAGAUGGUUAACUUUCCGUCAUGGCCCCUUCUCGACAACCUCCCCCUCGACCGCUCCCCGCCGAGGUUUCCUCACCUGAAGACAGUCGAAAUUGAGCUGAACUGCGUGCAUUCAGCCAAUAAGCCACAGCUAGGACUGAUCGCUGGUAUGAUUCGAGGUAUGAUCCCAAAGCUGGUGGAUUCGGGUAUCGUGACCAUAGGGACAUCCUUGUAA